AUGUCGGGCUUCGAGAUAGUCGGGCUCGCUCUUGCCGUCCUCGGCGUUUUGCCCGCCGCGGUGGAAGCCGUCAAGGGCUAUAAGACCUUGCUUUCGUCGAUUAAGCAUGUCGAACGCGACCUGGGAACCCUCAUCCGGGACCUUGAGACGGAGCAGGUCCGCCUGCGCACGACGUGCGAGAUGCUCCUCGACGGGGUCGUGCCGUACUCGAUCAUCGACACGCUGAUUGAGAACCCGUUUGGGACGGAAUGGCAGCCUUACAAGGAUCAGCUGCGGCUGCGGCUGUGGUCGUCCUCGGCCAAGUUUGAGGAGCACGUACUCGAGAUGCAAAAGGCCGCGUUUGACUUGAACGUCAAGUUGAACAUUCAGGCCAACGGCCAGACAGCCAUCAAAGACCGGACGUCGAUUCUCAGGGAGCUAAAGCAGAGCGCCUCUUUCUCGUUCAAGAAGAAAGACUACCAAGUCAUUAUAGACAGGAUCAAGACAAGUAAUUCGAUCCUCCACGACCUCGCCAGUCAGAGCUGCGGGAUGGACUCCAGCAGGCAGACGAGGUCGCAGGCCCGACUGAUCAAGCUGAUCCGCGGGCUGGCCAAGAGUUUGUUUCACGCCCUCUGGAACGCGACCACAUGUGACUGCAUCACACCGCACCAGGUGUGCUUGGAACUGGUCCCGAGGAAAGCCGUCAUUGUGCCUAGCGAUGCUGAAGAAGACGUUGCCAAAAACUUUAGCUUUUAUGUUGCCUUUGGCUCACAUGGCAUUCCUGCGGAGACUAGCGCCGAUACGUUGCAAAGGCAGAAACCACAAUGGAACACGUUUGAUCUUCGAAUAGAAAAUAUCGAGACCAAUCUGGCCAUUCGACCUGUCUACGCGCCACUCGCAACGGCAGCUCCAACACCAUCGAAACGAGUAGGCUGGUCCGCGUCGUUGAGCUCCGGCUCCAACUCGGCGCAAUCAACGCGAACCUUGGUUGAUGCAUCCAGGACGCUGCUUGCCAUGCCGGCAAGGACUGUGCAUGCGCAUGACCCAAUCGCAAAUAUAUGCCGGGACAUCUUUGGGCGGCAAACCAUGGCGGCGACACCCUGCCACGGAUACAUUACAGAUGCGACCCGAACCUUUGGACUCUACCCUCGAUCGCAGGCUGCCGAUACUAUCGGACCCGUGACGCUUCGAGAGCUGCUCGACGAACAUAUACACGGCGGCAUGGACUUGGACUUCAAACGGAAGCUGCAAGUUGCGCUCGCCAUUGCUACGUGCGUGCUACAUCUGUAUAAGACGCCAUGGCUGCCGAGGGUGGUCACGUUGGAUGACUUUGUAUUUCUUCGUGCAGAUGUGAGCCUCCUGUCCGGGCCACUAGCUGCGGAACUGCCGUUCAUAGCAAAGAGCGGUUUGAACGGGUCGCUUACGCCGAGCCACGACGACCAGCAGCGCCGGCCCGUCAACCUGACCAUCCUCUCUCUCGGUGCCCUGCUCAUACAGGUCAUCGUCGGCAGGACCAUCGACGAGUUGAAUAUGCCAGGAGAUGCCGAGAUGAGCAUGAACGGCAUCGUCACGCGGUACGAAGCGGGCAGCCGACUGCGUGAUCGGGUGCUGGAAAACGGCGGAGUGCGAUACGCAGGCGCCGUCAAGUGGUGCCUUGACAACGUCUUUAACAUGGCCAGCUUGGAAAAUGAAGCCUUUUGCCAGGAGUUCUACAACCAAAUUGUUGUGCGACUGCAAGAAGAUGUUAGCUAUUUGAAUCAAGAGAUCUAG